CGGCCAACCAGAGGAGGAGGAGGAGGCGUGGCCUGCGCCUGGUCCGGUCAAGUUGCCGUGGCGCGGAGAAAGUCUGCAAAACAAGAGGCUGAGGAUUGCGUUAGCGAGAAACCAGUUCUCGCCGGUGCUCGGGGAAGGAAGUCUCUCGCUCGCUCUCUCUCUCUCUCUCCCUCUGGUCGGGGCUCGGAGGAGAAGCGCUCGCGCCAGCAGGUCAGACGCCGCCGCCGCCGCGCCGUCAGCAUAGGCAAGGGAGACCCCAACAAGCCGAAGUGCAAGAUGUCCCCAUAUGCCUUCUUCAUGCAGUUGUGCUGGGAGGAGCACAAGAAGAAGCACCCAGACUCCUCGGUCAACUUCGCCGAGUUCUCUAAGAAGUACUCCGAGAGAUGGAAGACCAUGUCUGCAAAGGAAAAGUCCAAGUUCGAGGAUUUGGCCAAGAGCGACAAAGCUCGCUAUGACAGGGAGAUGAAGAAUUAUGUUCCUCCCAAAGGUGAUAAGAAAGGAAAGAAAAAGGAUCCAAAUGCUCCAAAAAGACCACCGUCUGCCUUCUUCCUGUUUUGCUCUGAACAUCGCCCAAAGAUCAAAAGUGAACACCCAGGCCUGUCUAUUGGCGAUACUGCAAAAAAAUUGGGUGAGAUGUGGUCUGAACAGUCUGCCAAAGAUAAACAACCCUAUGAGCAGAAAGCAGCCAAACUAAAGGAGAAGUAUGAAAAGGAUAUUGCUGCAUACCGUGCCAAGGGCAAAAGUGAAGCAGGAAAGAAGAGUCCUGGUAGGCCAACAGGCUCAAAGAAGAAGAAUGAACCAGAAGAUGAGGAAGAAGAGGAGGAGGAGGAAGACAAAGAUGAUGAUGAUGAAGAUGAGGGUGAAGAAUAAAUGGCUGUCUUAAAAUGUGUGGCGUGUCUGUGCUCAGGCAACUAUUUUUCUAAGAAUGUAAAAUUGAAGUGCAGCUCAAUAUUAGCUUCAGCAUAAAAACUGUACAGAUUUUUGUAUAGCUGAUGAGAUUCUUUGUAGAGAAAAUACUUUUUUUAAAGGAGUUUGUAGCUUUUUCCAGGAGCUACAACAUACAUUUAGAUUUAAAGCUUUUGAUGUUGAAUGUUCCUAAAUAUUUAAUGGUUUCUUUAAUUUCUUAUAGUAGCACAGCAAACUUAAUAGGAAUUUGUAUUACCAGUAAAUUGGUUGUUUUUUUUUUUUUUUAGGAUGUUGCAUUUUGUUUUUUAAAAAAAAAUUUGUAAUAAAAUAAUGUAUAUUACAUGCAUUGUGUUUGUAUUCAUAUAUUAAUUUUCUCUUAAA